ACUUAACCUUUAACCGCCACCAACCUAACAACACCACAACCACGACGGGCAAGUCCAAGGACCUCGCCUCUUCCUUGUGCUCUGAAGCGCCCUCGGAUUUUCUUCCUUCUUCCACAUCUCGACCACACCAACAGCUUCCACGGGAUGGUCGCUUCACCUUUGUGCCCGUCGUAGGAGAUUCACUUCUACUUGCCGUCUCCCGACACGACCCGACGUUCACGACUACGAUUCUCCUCCCGCACGCAAGACACCUACCCGAGGAACAGACGGUUUCGCCAACCCAUAUUGGCCCGAUAAACAUAAUAUGAGCUCUGUUUCUCCACCAUCUUCUCCAUCGACGACGUCUUCUUCGGCUCGGCUCUCUCCGAUUCCGCUUUCUCCCUCAAUAUCAGCUUCUCCAUCGACUGCAUCUUCUCCGACUCGGCUCUCUACAAUUAUUCCAAGUUCGCCCUCGGUAGCGUCUCUCUUACCCGAGCAAGAAAUUUACGACGAUAGCGACAUCGAGGCCGCCUACCAAGGCUACAUUCCCGAAUCCUCCUCCGACGUGGGUGAUCAUCGUUCGAGCAUAUUCGACUCCGAAGCCGAUGCGCAGGUGGACUGGGACCCCGAGUCUGAAUCACAAUCACAAUCACAGCCUUCAGAGUCCGAUUCAGAGUCCUUGAUGUCACUCGAGAUUGACCCUCACGAUCCGCUAUUUAACGACUCGGACCCUUUCUCUCCCGAUCUUGCCGACGAACUAGAGCUUGCGCUCCUCGCCGAAAUGGAUCAGUUGCCACAGCUUCGCGAACAAAGGAUGCCACCCCCCGGUGGCCGAGAUGAAGGCAUGCGAGGCCAACGUGAUGGCGGCGCGGCCCGUCACAAUGGCUCAGGCGAUGUUCUUGUGGACCUGGAGCUGUACUUCGAACAGGGGAGAAACGAGAGGAGACCUCAAAACAACCAAAACGGCCCUGCUGAUGUCAUCGACUUAACCAACGAACCCGACAGCCCUAUCCAGAGACAUGCGCCUCGACCUCCGACGAAUCCCAGAAGACAACAUUCUCAAGGCAGGAACCCGCCGUCUUUCUCGCGGAGUGACAGUAGCAUUCUCGCCGGCAAUGCGCCACCCGUCAUCGAUCUUACCGACGACUCGCCCGAAGUUCCGCGAAGGCGUACGCAUGUACCGCCGCCUCCACACCCCCCUCGUCAGCGCGAUCGCAGUCGACAGCCGGUCGGAUUCAUGUUGAACCCGAACGGAAGUGCAUUCAGUGGGCUAGCAGCUGGAUUAAGGCGCCAUCUGUAUCCUUUCAGGCUCUUCCCUGGUCCUGAGGACGAGGUACAGCUGCUCGGCAUGUUGCACAAUCGUAUCAAUCAAGGGGGAGACCUGAACAAUCCCCUUGGGAAUAUCCAACUUCAAUACGAGCACGGUGCUUUUGAUCAACGCGCCGAAUCACCUAAGCCAGUCCACCAAGCUCCACCUCCCCCUAGACCCGGAUAUACGAGAGACACCGCCUCUGAUUUGGUCGUGAUAUGUCCCGCAUGCAACGAAGAGCUGGCUUACGACCCUGACGUGCCUGUCAAUGAGAAGCAACCUGCGCGGAAGGGCAGCAAGCGCCAGCGAAGCGAACAUCACUUCUGGGCUUUGAAGGGUUGCGGACAUGUUUACUGCGAAGACUGCUACGAGAAUCGCAAACCGGUAGCUAAGCGCCCGAAUACUGGAUUUGGGCGCGACGAUGAAAGCAAACUCACCUGUGCAGUCGAUGGUUGCGAGACACAGGCUACGAACAAGACAGCCUGGGUUGGAAUCUACCUUUGAGCUGCGGCAUAGAAUGACGCAAAGUAAGUCUUUUAAAGAGACGAAUAAGAAUUGGCGUCAUCCGGUUACAUGGAUGGCAUUAGCUCGGCGUUUGGGGGUGGGACGGCAUCGCAUGAUCGGUCAGAGAUUCCCAUGGUCACGGUAUAGGCUUGCUUUCUCCCUUCAAUUGAGGGGCUUGAUAUUCGAGGAGUCCAGUGAGAGGGACAAGGUCUCUCAGCGGAUGAUUUUCCUUGUAGCGGCACGCGCUGUACAUGAUCAAGGACACGAGCACAUAGUUUUAGCGGCAGGGAGCGCAAACAAUCCCCUGUAUAGAGUCUUCUCGUGAA